AUGUUUCCUGCAGGAGCAGCUACUCGGGAGCUGAAGGUGAUUCAACCUGAGAAAUCAGUUUCUGUCUCUGCUGGAGACUCAGCCACUCUGAACUGCACCGUGACCUCCUUGGUCCCUGUGGGGCCCGUGAAGUGGUUCAGGGGUACAGCGCAGAGUCGGCACCUAAUAUAUAGUUUUACAGGAGAGCGAUUCCCCAGAGUCACAAAUGUUACAGAUGUUACAAAGAGAAACAACCUGGACUUUUCCAUCCGCAUCAGUAAUGUCACACCUGAUGAUGCUGGAACCUACUACUGUGUGAAGUUCCAGAAAGCAGACUCUGACAAGGAGCUUAAGUCUGGGGGAGGCACAGUGCUGAAUGUGCUUGGAGAUAUCAGGGAGAACCUGAAGGUGAUUCAGCCUGAGAAAUCAGUUUCUGUCUCUGCUGGAGCAUCAGCCACUCUGAACUGCACUGUGACCUCCCUGCUCCCUGUGGGGCCCGUGAAGUGGUUCAGGGGUACAGGGCAGAGUCGAUACUUAAUAUAUAGUUUCACAGGAGAGAAGUUCCCCAGAGUCACAUAUGUUAAAGAUCCCACAAAGAGAAACAACCUGGACUUUUCCAUCCGCAUCAGUAAUGUCACACCUGCUGACGCUGGAACCUACUACUGUGUGAAGAUCAACAAAGCAGACUCUGACAAGGAGCUUCAGUCUGGGGGAGGCACCCAGUUGAAUGUACUUGCUAAACCAUCUCUUCCUGUGGUGUUGGGCCCUGGUGGCAGAGUUAGUCCUGGGCAGACAGUGAGCUUCACGUGCAAGUCCCAUGGCUUCUCUCCUCGGACCAUCACACUUAAGUGGUUCAAAGAUGGAAAUGAGCUCUCUCGCUUCAGAACUACUUUGGACCCCAAAGGAGAAAGCGUCUCCUACAAUCUCUCCAGCACAGCCCAGGUGGUGCUGAGCCCUCAGGAUGUCCACUCUCAAGUCAUCUGUGAGGUGUCCCAUGUCACCUUGAAAGGAGGCCCUCUCCAUGGGACUGCCAACUUGUCUGACACCAUCCGAGUUCCACCCACUGUGGAGAUCAGCCAGCACCCAUCAGUGCUAUGGAAGCAGAUAAAUGUCAGCUGCCAGGUGAAUAAGUUCUACCCUUUGAGACUACAACUGAUUUGGUUAGAGAAUGGAAAUAUAUCCUGGACAGAAGAGCCUUCUCCACUCACCGUCAACAAGGAUGGAACCUACAGCUGGACCAGCUGGCUCCUGGUGAACAGAUGUGCUCAUGAGGAGGACCUGGUACUCAGCUGCCUGGUGGAGCAUGAUGGACAACCACCAGUCAUUAAAAAUCACACUGUGAUGACCAGAGCACAUCGCAGUGAGCAAGAACUGAAGACAUCAGAUACUGCUGAAAUCCUUGUAGCUGUGCUCCUUGCACCCAAACUGCUACUGGUAAUUGGUGCCUUUGCCAUCUACAUGCAUAAGAAGCAGAAAGCCUGA